UAAAACUCAUCAACAGUAGAAGAGUUGUCGUCGGAGUUGUUGAAUGCGUAUACAACAUGGGGGUUAGUGAAGGCUUCAAUUGCAGAGUGCUUUUGAGUUUAAUGUCAAUAUUGGUUUGUUUCUACGCAGUGAAGGGGGGAGUUGGCAUCCAAAAUGGAUUGAAUCAGGAGAUAAUUUUGCCAGAAUCUCUUAUACGAUUUGCUAGUCAACGUUGUAUGGAACAAUAUCCUCAAGCGGAUGCAUUCAAUUGGACUGAUACUGCUGAUACUCAUUGCUAUUCACAAUGCCUUCUCCACAAAAUGGGUCUAAUGAACCUUAGGACCCGUGGUCUAGAUAAUAUAAAACUUAUGGAUAUUUGGGAUGACAUCGAAGAGGCCUUUGAUGAGGAAAGAUGUGUGGAUAAUAUUAAUAUUGGCCAGCCUUUGAGCGGAAAAUGUGUGGAUUCCUAUAGCAAAUUAAUGGAGUUACGUACACAUUGCCUGGAAUUGUUUGAAUACACUUUUAUGGGAAAUUCCUCAUGGAAGUCGAAAGAUCCUUCCAAAUCGAUUGGCCAAUCAGCUUCCGAGUUUUGUGAUUCCUUUGACGAAGAUGGCGAUGUGGCAACUGAAAGUACGCAAUCCUUAGAAAUUACCUUUCAAUCACUGUAUAAAAAUAAGUUGGUGUGUCUUUAUCAAAACUAUCAUUUUAUAGAUGCCUAUGGAAGGGUGGAUGAUAUUGAACUAUUGCGUAGUUAUGAAGAAGCCCAAAUGGAUGUUUCUGAAGCCAAGGAAUUCGUUAAAUACUGUUCCCAUAAGGCCAAUAGCAAAUUCAAAAAGGACAACCUAAGUGAUGCAGUGUUCGAGUUGCAGUAUUGCUUAAAGCAAAAAAGUCCCGAGUUUGAAAUGAUUAGCCAAUUGAGAAAUGAACGCAGCAGAAGCUAUUGAAUGAAAGUUGAGUUUAUUGAAUAAAUUCUAGUUAUGUUAUAUGUA